UAUAGUAGUAGAAGAAGAAGAAGACCACAACAUAACUUUGUAGAAGUUGUGAACUUUUCUGACCGAAGAUGGACAUUGAUCCACACCUCAAAAUUCAUAUAACUAUCCAGAAGGGAUCCUCCAUGCCGCCUCUGCAAUUAUGCAGUGACUGCUGCAAACCUCCCAAAUUUCAUUGUCCAUUUUGCUUACCAUCUUUAUUCAAACCUUCAAAACACUCGAGAGCUGUGCAUCAUUUGAACAAGCAUCAAGAGAAAGCCAUUACUGCUGGAGAGUACAAAAUCUACAGAUGCGCACUGGAGUGCAGAAGGUAUACACAUUACCACUGUUUGUACUGCGCCUCCACGCUGAUAAGGAGAAUAGACUUCAUCAACCAUCUGCCACUCUGCCGGCAAAAUCUACCACGAAGAUUAAAAAAAAUAUCCCUACUACAGGAAGCCGCGACACAAAGAAACCAAACCAAAAGAUUGAUUGCUCCAUCUUCGAGCCCUGGAGUGGGUGACAUCCCCUCAUUUGAAAUAGAGAGCGAUGAUGACAGCAACAAUGAAGAUGUAACCAUCAUCAUGGAUUCAGACGACCAAGGAGCGAGUGCCCGGAGAAGCAAGUUUGUGACGGAGCCGAACUCUUCUAAAUGUGACCAAACUGCACAGACAAACAUUGAAAAACCACAAGACUGCGAUGAGUUCUACUUCAUGGGCCUCGUGAAGCUGUUCAAAAAGCUGACCCCUCAGAAAAAGGUCGAGGUCAGGAUGAAAAUCGAGAGGCUCCUCUUCGAAGCCGAGUUUGAGUAGGAAAGAUUGUGCACACUCACACGGCUACUGUCUGUUACAUGUUUUAUUGAAAGAAUCAGAGUUUAAAUAUCUUGGCUUUAAUUUGUCUUUUUGUUUUGUUUUUUUUUAACGGACAAAUC